AUGGAAAAUCCAGAAUUCUUCCAGGGAGGUUACUGUAACCCCCAAUUUACGCCUGAAAAACGUCUUUCCGACGCAAGAAACGGUGAUCAUUUCAUCGUUGAGGACCUUUUAGACUUCCCGAGUGACGAUGGUAUGGUAACGGAUGGUUCAUUCGAGGCCGUGACGACCGGAAACUCGAUCGACUCCUCCACUGUCACGGCGGUGGAUAUCUCAUGCAAUUCAUCCUUCUCUGAAAGAACGGCUGAAACCCAUUUAACUGGUGAUAAUAUUGGUGGCUGCCGGACUUUCACUGAUGGCCAGUUCUCUAGUGAAAUUUGCGUGCCGUGUGAUGAUUUGGCUGAAUUGGAAUGGCUAUCGAAUUUUGUGGAGGAAUCAUUUUCAAAUGAGGAUUUGCCGAAGCUGCAACUGAUACAAGGAAUGAAGGCCCCUACUGAUGAAGUUUCAGGAACUCACCAAUACCAAUUCCAGCCGGAAACCACCAGAAAUCCCAGAAUGCUCCGCCCUGAAAUGUCAGUCCCUGCCAAGGCACGCAGCAAGCGCUCGCGCACAGCCCCCGGAAACUGGACGUCCCGACUUUCCGUGGUGUCCCCAACUUCCCCGGCAGCAAUUUCAUCCUCGUCAGAGUCUGACAUAGUCUCGAGCUCCGGGAAGAAGCUUGUGAAAGUGCCGCGAAAGAAGGAGGGUUCCGAUAGUGCAGCCACCGCGAAUGGUGGCGAGGGGCGGAAGUGCCUGCACUGUGCAACGGAUAAGACGCCUCAGUGGCGGACCGGGCCCAUGGGGCCUAAAACACUUUGCAAUGCAUGUGGUGUGCGUUACAAGUCGGGUCGACUCGUUCCUGAAUACAGGCCCGCAGCAAGCCCGACUUUCGUGCUCACUAAACAUUCCAAUUCUCACAGGAAAGUUUUAGAGCUGCGUCGACAAAAGGAGAUGGUUACAACCCAGCAGCAACAAUUUCUUCACCCUAACAUGAUGUUUGGUGUAUCCAACGGUGAUGAUUACUUGAUUCAUCAACAUAUCGGGCCCGAUUUUCGACAACUUAUUUAG